AUGAGGAACCCUAAAGCAGGGCCCUCGGGAGCCGCCGUGUCCGUGCCUGAGAAAGCUUGGGGCUUUAAGGUUCCUGUUAGAGUGUUAGAAAUCGAUGGUCUAGAUACCGAUGGCGGGACCUCGGCUUUUCAUGGAUACAGUGGUAGGCCAUGCCGGGUGUCCUGUUUCCGUAGUGUAGUGGUUAUCACGUUCGCCUCACACGCGAAAGGUCCCCGGUUCGAAACCGGGCGGAAACAGACAGCUUAUUUUCUUCCAACCCCGCUCCCCGCUCUUCCCCCCCUUACGCUCCCCCGUCGAGAGGUGCAUUCUGAUUGGCAAAACCAAAAGGUUCCAAAGGCUCGGGGUGAAGCAGACCACGCAGCUGUAGGAGGAGUUGGUGACCACCUGGAAGUCUACUCUGCACUAGGAAGCAGCCCUCCUUUCUCUGCUCCGAGUCCCUGUGAGUCCAGGCCCAGUUCAUCCCCGGGAGGGGCGGGGCGGGGAAGGACAAGACUGACUUCGAGUCACCUUUCCGUCCGGAAACCCCCUCGGCUCCCUGUCGGGCGCCUGGGUCUCUUCCACGUGUUCACAGAUUGUCUCUGA